CAAAAUUAUCACGAAUUACUAGCCAAAGAUUAUAUAAACAAAACAAAUAAUCAACAGCAAGGUGAAAAUGAAGCGUUGUUAUGGAUAGAUAAUUUCUUAAAAGAAAAUAGCUGUGAUAUGACACAGUGUGGUUUACCUCAACCACAUGGCUACAAUAUUGCUGAUGGUUUUAAUGAAGAGAAUGCUACCUUAUCUUUGUUAAAUACAACAGACAACUUAAAUAACACUAUCAAUUUUACUUUCUCUGCUUAUAUAUUAAAUAACCCAACCAAAUGUCUUCAACGAGCUAUUCUCUGUCCAUUAAACAUAGAAGUUAAUCUAAUUAAUGAUACUAUUUUAAACCAACUAGAAGGUGAUGCAACUGAACUAUAUAGUGCAGACAACUUAGCAGAUAAUGAAAAUAGCAAACUUCAAAACAAUAAUAUGUAUCAAAGAAAUAUGAUUAAUUUUGAACUAUUGAAUUCAUUCAAUGCAUCUGGAGUUCCCAAACAUUGUCUCAAACUAAAACGUGGCU